AUGUUUUCUCCCAGACCAUCUCGUCAUAUCUGGAACGCUUCCAUGGAACAGGGCCAAGACGUUCGGGCCGGCCUGCAGGCCUCCUCAUGUAGAUUGCCCUGCCACUGGCCUAGCACCGAAUACGUUAUAGCUGGAUGGCCUUACGAUGAAGGCUUAGACCAUCACGGGACUGCGCUGUGCACUCUCUAG